AUGUACAAGACCCUAAAUGAAGAGGGUAAGUUACCCUAUACCGACACUCAAGGACUCAAGAUUGGCUACAUGACCAUGGUGGGAACCGCUGAGCCCUUGGAUGAAGACACCUAUGAGCACUUGAAGGAUAAUUUCACGCACUUUUCAUUCGUUAUUGGCAAGGAUAAACCUUAUACCUGGAGCACAUUUACAGUUCCAGGGAAACGCAUUUGUUGGGGUGUUCAAAUGCAGCUGAAUGCUGUUAACCUUGAUGGUUCAUUCAUUAGGAAUAUAGAAUGGGGCCCUGAAGGGAACGAGAACAUGAUUAAGGAGAUUUACGACUAUGCGACACCAUACGGCCCACUAGGUCAGUUCAUUGAUAAAACGCCCCGAGAUCAGAUCUCGAGAGUCUUUUUAGAGGAAAAGAUGUUUGAGACCUGGUAUUACAAACGCACUGUCUUAAUUGGAGACGCCGCUCAUAAGAUGCUCCCAAGUGCUGGACAGGGCGCCGUCAAUGCCAUGCAGGAUGCCGUCAUUCUAGCAAAUUGCCUUUAUGACAUUGCAUAUAACGCAACUGAACAAAACAUCACCACUGCGUUCAUGGAUUUUAAGGCCCAGAGAUACCCAAAUGUUCAACAUCAGUUUAGCGCCAGCAAAACUAUGGCCAGAGUUAUAUAUGGACAGAAAUGGAGUGAAAGACUUUUGCGUUUUAUUGUUUUUAGACUUCUCCCUCAGUCCAUACUUCACAAGAACACUAUCAAAGAUGGAGCAUAUCGGCCUCAGUGUAUGUUCCUGCCCCUUGCACCCAAUCGUGGUACGAGCCCAGUACUUCCUCAAAAGCCAUCUAAGCGCUACCAGGAGGGACUGGAGGCAGCAACUGUGUAG